GGCACGAGCUGUGGUGUAAGCACCAUCUAUCUGGCUGUGGCUGUUGGACAGAAUGCUGCAAUUGCUGGGGAAAAGCCGGGGUCAGCUCGUGUUAUCGCGACGGAGAAUGAGGCUACCAAAGCUGCUCAAGCUAAGGACCAUUGGAAAGAGGCUGGCAAAACCGUUAUGCCGUGGAUCGAGCUUCGUGAGGGCGACAUUCUCGAGACACUACAACACGGCGUUACUGAUGUCGAUUUCGUCCUAUUUGACAUCUGGUCUCCAAUGGCUCUUCCGGUCUUGAAGAUGCUGGAGCCCAAGCUACGAAAUGGAGCGAUGUUGCUGACUGACAACACAAUCUUUGCAGCCGAGGGCUAUGCCGAGUUUCUGUCUUAUAUCAAGGCCGAUGGCAGUCCAUACACCACCAUGACGUUGCCUUUCGAAGAUGGAUUGGAAUGGACGGUGUAC